CCGUGUUCUCUGGGUGUUUGCACUUUGUGGUGAAGUCUGUGUGUUUCGCGUCUGCACUGAUUAGUUUGUGAGCGUCUCCGUUAAUUGUCAUCAGCAGCAGGUGUCACCCAUUACUCAUUCCCUAUAUAUUGGCUUGUCUCACGUCUUGUGUUUGUGAGAUCGUUGUUUAAUGUCUCUUACCCUGUUUGUUUGGCUUCAGUGUUGUCUGCGUUUGGAUGUCCGUGUUUUCCCGGAACCUCAUCCACUCUACGCACUUCCAAUCAGCUACCAACACUUACCUUCGGCUCUAUUCCCCACAGUUCCUGUGUCAUACUCUCCUGCUGCCUUCUCACCGUCAUCAUCCGGAUUCCUCACCUCCUCACCACCAUCUUGGAUUGUUGUCUUCCCAGCAUCAUUGUCUUUUUCCUGUUUGUUUAUUUAUUUUCAUUAAAUCGUCUAACUCGCUAUUGUUUCCAGUCCUUCCUUCGCCCCACCGUCACAGGAUCAAUGAAGAAGUUUCCUCUUCUUCUCUCGGAUUGAAAGCUGAUCCAAAUCUUUGACCACAGGCCACUUUAGAUCUCGGAUUACAAAGUAGAUGAAGCAGGUUUGGCAAAGGCAGGUGGUUUGCCUGUUUUAGCGUGUCUUAUACAGUGUGGCUGGACAUGAUCAUAUCUGUGUUGAGUGCAUCAGUAUAAAUUUGGGAAAUCCAAAACUUGUUUUGGCAGUGUUUGCACCAGACAGCCGGAGCAUCGACAGAAUUGGCGGAGUCGUACAAAAGGUGCUGUCAGAAAUGCUCAUUGGUCAACAUUAAGAUAUUUUCAUUGUAUUGGUUGUAUGGUAAGCUCUUACUAUUUAUGUAGUUGAUGUAUGUCGAUUCAUACUGUUUUAUUUAUUUGUUUAUUUUAUAUAUAAUGUAUUUUUAAUGUAAAACAAAUUCGAAUAUUAUUAGGAUUUAAUAAAAUACCAAAAAAAUUAAUACAAUUAUGUGCUAUUAUAACCAUGUCUUGUGUAUAUGUGAAAUGUCGGUCACACUUUAUUUUAAGGUCCAAUUCUUACUAUUAACUAACCAUUAACUAUGACUUUUGCCUGAAUUAACUCCUUAUUUGCUGCUUAUUAAUAGUUUAUAAGGUAGUUGUUAAGUUUAGGGUAUUGGGUAGGAUUAUGGAUGUCAUGCAUUAUAUGCUUUAUAAGCACUAAUAAACAGCUAAUAUGUUAAUAAUAGACAUGCUAAUAAGCAACUAGUUAUUAGUGUGAAUUGGACCCUAUACUGAAGUGUUACCGAAAUGUCUAUGUGUUUAUUUUGGAAUAAAAUGCCCUGAUGUAAUAUUUAUAAACAUCUUGUGCUCUCUUUUCCUGUUUUGUUUUUUCAGCUUUCUGAAAGAUGAUGUCCAAACAGCUAUCUUCACUCACUGGUCUUCUCUUUGUGAUUUGCUGCUGUCAUGGUGGGAAUAUCCUGGUGUGGCCCGAGGAUUGUAGCCACUGGGUGAACAUGAAAGUCAUUUUGAGAAACCUCCACAGCCACAGUCAUAGCCUUACCGUGGUGCGUUCCUCUAAAAGUUGGUAUAUCCAAGAAAAUACUUCCCUUUACAGCACCAUCACAGUCGACCCAAUGGAGACCGAAGAUGUGGGCUCUGACUACUUCAUGACGUUGAUAGAGAGGUCACUGGAGCUGCAGAGGAUGUCGCCUUUCUUCCGUUUCUUGGGACAGCAGAAAGAUAUCGCCAAUGUGCUGAAGGUGUUUCACAAUGGAGCGCUUCAAAUGAUUUCUGCCGUUUUGGACGAUGCAGGACUUGUCAAACGCUUGCGAGAAGCUAAGUUUGAUCUGGUGUUAACAGAUCCUGCAUUCCCAGCCGGUGUCCUCUUAGCCAAAUUCCUCCAACUCCCCAUGGUUUACAAUGUACGUUGGCUAAAUGCAGGGGAUGCUCACAUGCAAAUUGCACCCUCUCCUCCGUCCUAUGUCCCAUUGUACAAUUCAUUGCUCCACUACCAAAUGAACUUCCUACAGCGGACGGAAAAUGUUCUAUGGUAUCUGAUUAGCGUUUUCAAGGAGCGAUGCAUCAUCGUGCCAAUUUACAGUGAACUGCUUGAGCGCCAUUUCCCUCCCGGCGCUGAUCUGUUGUCAAUGCAGCAAUCUGCUGACAUUUGGUUGAUGAGAAUGGACUUUGUUUUCGAGUUUCCACGGCCCUCCAUGCCUAACGUGGUCUACAUUGGGGGCUUUCAAUGUCAGCCGCCUCAAGCACUUCCUGCGGAGCUGGAAGAGUUUAUGCAGAGCUCCGGGGAGCAUGGCGUUGUCAUCAUGUCCUUGGGAACAGUAGUCAGCGCUCUUCCUACAGCGAUCACAGAGGCCAUUGCUACAGCUUUUGCUGAGAUCCCUCAGAAAGUCUUGUGGCGCUACCACGGGGAACGACCCUCAACUCUGGGAAACAACACUUUACUUCAAGAGUGGUUUCCUCAGAAUGAUCUGCUAGGCCAUCCAAAGACUCGUGCGUUUGUCACUCAUGGGGGCACCAAUGGUAUGUACGAAGCUAUUUACCAUGGAGUUCCCGUCUUAGCUUUGCCGCUCCUCUUCGACCAGUUUGACAAUGUUCUGCGACUGCAGGUUCGAGGUGCGGCUCGAGUUCUUCAGGUCGCAACACUUACAUCGCAAGAAUUCCUUGAAGCCCUCAAAGAUGUCCUCGAGAACCCGCUGUACCGAAGCAGCGUGCGCAAACUAUCAGAGCUACACCGCGAUCAACCCUUGACUCCUCUUGAAAGCGCCACUUUUUGGAUCGAGUAUGUUAUCAGACACAAAGGAGCAGCUCACCUUCGUCCAGAGGGGAAUAACUUGCCUUGGUACUCUUAUCAUAGCUUAGAUGUGUUGGCUUUUCUACUGACAUUCAUUGUGAUUGCUCUUUUGGCCUCAGUAUAUGUCUGCAAGCUUUUGUGUUGCAGGAAGUCAAUCAAAAAGAGGAAGGUGGAAUGAAUCGAGCUUGAACAUUUGAUAUGUUAUUUUUGAAGAGCUGAUGAAACACUGAAUUAAAUGCAGCAGACUAAUAUUAUUCUUAUUUUUCAUAUCUAAUUAUGUUACAAAAGAUGUACUGCUUAAGUCAUUCCUGUAGCAUGGUGCUAGCAACACCAAGGUCAUUGGUUUUAUUUCCAGGGAAAGCUUGAACUGAUUAAAUGUGUAUGCAAUGUGAUUUGCUUUGGAUAUAAGUCUAUCAAAUGCGUGAAUGUAAUAAUAUGUGAAUGGAAAAGCUCUCUUUUGGUGAACCUGAGUUUGUUUUAUUAAUAUGACUAUGGAAUGGGGGAAAAUGUAAAUGCAAAUUUGUAAAUGCAAUGCCAGAAUAUUGUCAAACAAUACUUUAGGAUUCUCAGUACCAGAUGUGAUAUCAAACAAGUAUGUUUCUAAUUUUAUGGUUACGACUUAUCAAACUCAUGUUCAAUAAUGAAGUAUAGCAAUCUUUGUACUUUUUUGUGCAUUAAAUUCUUAGAACUGUAUGCUGAUCUUUUUGUGGUGUAUUCGCCAAAUCCUCAACACUUUCUAUGUUCAUUAAUCAACGUAAUCUAGUUUCUUUAUAGAAGCCAACAACAUGUUUUUUUUUUUCAUGUCAGCCUUGAUAUUGUACCCUCUCCUACUGUGAAUGCGUUUUAAAUCAUCAAUAAAGGUUCAAGCGGCAAC